AUUGUAUCGUGGUGUACUUUGAAGUACAGCUGUUGGUAAAUAUUGCACAGCUAAACAGAGUAUAGUAGCCUGGCCUUGGUGAUCACUAGACUGUAGAAACCUUUGGUUAAAUAAAGUCCCCAUAGUCGACGACAAAAGAAGAUUUUCAGUUUAUAUAAAGCAUUGGGUGUAUUGUGAUUUAAAAGUUGCCGUCAGCAAAUCGAUCCACCCAGAAAAGCCGACACAUACUGUGGAAGUAUAUAUAAUUUAUAUCCAACAGUUUAUGUGAUACAACCGUGAAACACAGGCUCACACAGUUAGCUGAAAAUGGGUGGUGUUUUCUCUUAUUUUCAACCAUCAGAGGAAGUAUCUACAGAAGGGCGAUUCACCAAGCCCCAAAGACAACCCCUGGAGGAGACAGUUUCAGACCCUCCAGAAGAGGAUGAAAAAGAGCUUUUACAGGUGACAGGAGUCAACUUUAAUUUUGAUGAUGUCUGCAAGGCUCAUCAUACCAGCAAAUUUAACAGCUUUACUGAAGAGGAACCUGACAAGGACCAGUUCAUGGUGGUUCGCAGAGGUCAGCCAUUCCAGAUAACCUUGACCUGUGACCAAGGUUAUAACCAACAACAACAUGAACUGAAGCUGAUAUUUGAGACAGGUAUAAGGACUUUACUAACAAACUGAAUUUUUUUGUAAAUC